AUGGGCGUUACAGAAGGGGUGAGUAUACCUAAUCUAAACAAAGUCCUACUUGUACAAGGUUUAGCUGCAAACCUUAUAAGCAUCAGUCAGUUGUGUGAUGAAGGAUUCAACGCUAAGUUCACCAAAGAUGAGUGUAUCAUCACAAAUGAAGCAAGUGAGGAAGUCAUGAAGGGAUUUAGAUCUAAGGAUAAUUUCUAUCUAUGGAAGCCUGACACACCUGUUCACCCCUCUGGCUACUCCAUGAUCAAGGAAGAAUUGAAAAUGUACUAUCACGAAUUUGAUGAAUCUUAUGAUUCUGAUGAAUCAGAUAAAGAAUCUUAUAUUAAUGAUCUCACUAUAAGUGAACUGUCUACUAACCGGGAAAGAAAAUUGGAAAAGUUAAAUGUGAGCAAUGAUCCUAAAGUACAGUCUAAAAGCAAUGUCACAGAGAAUGUUGCAACAACAUCUAAAGACAAUGUGACAGAAAAGGACUCAGCAACACCUGAAGAGUCCUCUAACCCUAAUAGGGUUCUUAAGGUUGUCCCUUUAAGGACGAUUAGCAGUGACGAAGUAAAGGCCACAAAGCCUAAAAUGACUCAUGCAAAACGGCCCAAGGAGGGUAUUCACAACAAGGGUAACAAAUGCUCAGCAUCUGCUACCAUGGAGAAACUUACUAAAGAAGGAUCCAAGUAUGUCGAUAGUGCAAUUACCAGGAUUGUUAAUCGUAUUCUGAAGGAGAAUCAUCAAGUGCCUGGAAUAUCUAUUCCUCUUCAAACUAUAAUGACUGAUCCCCUCAAUAACACCAGUAAGGCUGACACUGUUCACACCGUUGAUAGUGACCUAAAAAUCAACAAGGAUGAACAAGGGAUUACUAAGAAUACCAAUGUCACCAAGGAUGUCAAUGACAUUGACAAUAAUGAGCACCCUAAGGCCAAUACUGAAACUAAUACUAAUGUGGUAGACUUAGAUGAGUACUCUGAAGACGAAUUACUUACUUCCUUGAAUCCUAGUGUAGCCAACAGGCUAAUGACAAGAAGAAAAGGCAAAGUUGUUGUUCAAGGAUCAUCAAAAGGGAGCACUCAAGUGAACAACCCUAUCAAAGACACUGUCAGAAGGAAGAGUACUUCUGCAGGACCUGUCAAGAGCAAAGUUGUUACCAAAAGUAAAGGGGUUGGUCCCUCAAAAUCUUGGAGUAGGGUCAUUCCAAAGAAAAGAAAAAAGUGGGAAAUUGUUGAACCAGAAUCUGAUGUUGAAGCAAAUGUCCCUGACAUUCCAUCAAGGAAGAAGCCUACAACCAGUAAGCUUGCUGCUAACAUCCCUGAAGUUCCCAUUGAUAAUGUGUCUUUCCACUAUGCCUCUAGUGUCAGCAGAUGGAAAUAUGUUCUCCAAAAGAGGUUGGCUGUUGAAAGGGAAUUGGCUCCAAAUGCUCUUGAAAAAAGGAGCAAAAGUGCAGACUACAUAAAGGUAUUUGUAAGAGGUAAGUGUGUAUCAUGCUCUCCUUCUGUGAUUAAUCAAUUCUUGGGAAGAACAGAUGAAGCUCAAACCGAGCUGGAAGUAACAGACAACCAAGUCUGUCAAGUGAUCACAGCCAAGCAGGUAAAAAGCUGGCCCAUGAAAGAGAAGCUAACUGCAAGUAAGCUGAGCAUCAAGUAUGCAAUGCUUCACAAAAUAGGAGCAGCUAAUUGGGUUCCAACAAAUCACAAGUCCACUAUCUCAACUGUGCUUGGUAGAUUUCUGUAUGUUGUGGGGACAAAGGCAAAGUUUGAUUAUGGAGCAUACAUUUUUGACCAAACCAUGAAGCAUGCUGGAAGCUUUAGUGUUAAGGGACCAAUUGCCUUUCUAUCCCUCCUGAGUGGUAUAAUUCUGGAUCAAUAUCCAAACAUUCUCAACGAACAUGAUGUGGUGUGCAAGAGAGAAAGUCCCUUGGCUUUCCAUUACAAACUGUUUAAGGGAAAGCAUGUUCCAGACAUUGUCAUGACAUCAGCUGAAACUUCCAAAUCUGGAGCAUCAGUCAGUAAAGCAGAAGUCAUAACAAUACUAAAAGAGACUUGCAAAUAA